UUUCUACACAGAUGAACAGAAUCCCAUUGAUUUUAUACAGAAUUAAAGAGAAAUUACAACAAACUAGAGACACCUGCUGCCACAUAAAUCUGACAAGAACCAAUUAGAGAUGGAGCUUCUGACAACCGCUCUUGUCAUUGUACUUCUUACAGCAGCCUCCGCUAAGCCGAUUGGCUGGCGUCUGCACCAUGAUGCUGACAUCACUGAAAAUGACAAGCUCAAGGAAUGGCGGUCUUGGCGGUUCACUGAAUCGUCCAACUCCAAAGAUUCUUCUUCAGAUUCGGAUCAGUCACUGAAUUCAGAUGAAUCUAGUGAAUCCUCAAAAAGUAAAUCUUCCUCUGAGGAAGAUAUAGAUAAGACAACAGUAGUCGUGCCCACCACUGCCAUGAUAACCGUCACUACGGCAGACAGGAGUACCCUCACCCCUGAACCAGACACAGCGAGCACAGAUGAGCCAACUAUUACUGUGACGACUCCACCAACAGUACCGACCACAGAUGUUGUUGUCACAUCACCCGGCAAUGUGACUCAUUGUGUUACCAAGGAAAUUCCAACACCAGCUCCUGUUACAGAAAACAGAGGAGACAACUAAGCAAAUGCCACUCCUCUUAACCAACAGCAAACAACAACUAACAACUAUGCUAUGCUAUUAAAAAUGUGUCUUUUCCAGGAUUUCUGAGUCUAGUUACAGGAACUCAACUUCUAGAAAGAACAGGUCAAUUUUUAGGAGUUUUGAGCAACCCCUCUCUUAAAGCAUGUCAUUUUUAGGCCAUUUUGUGUUCUACUUCUUAAUUUCUUAUCAUGUGCUGCAGCAGAAUUAAUGGGCAUCUUCCACCACAGAUUGAUCAACAACAAGUAGUAAUAUUUAUUUAAAACAACAGGCUAAUUAAUGUGGCAUCAUGAUGAUACACUUUUAUUAACGCUAUUCUCUUCCAAAGAUUCUAAUUUCCACUUUCAUUAGUGUUCCCCAGGGGCCUUUUUCAGCCACCGUAUUGUGACACUACAGAACAACUUAGAUGUGUUUACGUAUUGUUACAUAACAUAAACAAAUCUGUGGCUCAGUCAUGUUUACCUUAAAGUGUUAACUGGUCAGAAAAGUACAGGUAGGAUCCUUUGGUUGAUUUCUUCCUGUGCGCCAAUUUCAGUGUUUCUGCUCCUUACAUACUAUUCAAAGUAUUUGUUUUUAAUUUUUAGUAUUUUAUAAGGAUUUUGUUCUGGAAAGUGUAGCUCCUACAGCACAUGCUUGUUAAAACAAAUAGUUUAAAAUGUCCACCACAUACACAAUAAGUCACCCUUCUGCAUGAAGCAUCCAGAGUAUGUGUCCCACAGCAGUGUGUUUAUAGAGUGCAGGGUGUGUCCUGUUUGUCUUGUCUUGUCUCGCCUGUUGUUUGUACAUGCUGAAUAAGAGUGAGUUAUGCAGCGGUGGGUUGGCUUUAAUUAUGGGUUGUGAAUUCAUAUUUUCCCAAAUUAAACAUGGUUGAGAGGGCUCCAGACAACACCUUAAUGUUGUCGGUUUGUUAUCUUUUAACAUGUGUUGUACUUCAUUUUGUUGAGCUGGAUCUAAUGUGCAUGAUUGAUUGAUUGAGAACUUCUUCUGAAGACAAAUAAAGUAUCUAAACAAAA